UCUUAUUUUUCGUCGCAAGUUUUGAUUCUUUUGCUUUAUUUUAAUUGAGAUAUUUGUAAUACAUUAUUUUUGAGACAAUUUUGGUAUUUUUGAAGAAACCUAGAUUGUUUAUUGACCUUUGAAAAUUAUUUUUUCUUUAUUAAUUAUUAUUUUUAUAAUGAAUUCCUUAGUGAAUCUUAUUCGAAUAUCAAGAAUGACUUCUCAAGCCAAUCGAUUAAUACAUCGAUUUAUUUCUACAUCUAAAAAAAACCAAGAAAUUUGCGUGACUGAUGCUGAAAUUUCUCAACAAGAACCACCUAAACGAAAUUGGCAAUCUUAUGGUUUUGAAAAAGAUGAUGAGACAGCUGAUUUAAAUGCCAUGCAUUCUACAGCCUUUUUUUCAGUCACUCUUUGUUUAGUAGGCGGUGCUUUUAUUUUUGCCUACAUGCCUGAUUACAAUUAUAAAGGUUGGGGUGAAAGAGAAGCGUUCCUCGAGUUAAGAAGAAGAGAAGAACAAGGUUUACCACUUAUUGAUCCAAAUUAUAUUGAUCCCAGCUUAAUCAAUCUACCUAGUGAUGAAGAAUUAGGAGAUACAGAGAUUGUAAUUUAAAAUGUUUUUAAUGCAAGAAAUGUGUCAAACACAUUCAUUUUUUUAGUGAAUUAAUGAAGUAUAUUUCAAUAUGAAAUAACUCGCAGAUUUGAUUGUAAAAUAAAUGUAAUAAUUAUGUUAUCAAA